CUGCAUAUACUAAAUGGGCUUGUAAUGCAUUCAUACUGAAAUAAAUAGCACAAGGGUCCGUGUAUCAUCUGAUCAUUCAAUUAUUUCAUUUAAUCUGGCAAACGAAAAACGGGCAAAACAGGUCGAUAUUUCGUUUUUCGGUGGUUCUGUAUGAACCAAAAAAUGAAAGCUGAUGUCUUUUUUCCAGUUUUCAGCUCGAAACCGAAAAACAAAUAAACCGAAAAACCCAAACGAAAUAAUACGGCUAAUUUACGUUUUUCUGUAUUUUUCCAGUUCUCACGGUGUUUACAGCUGCGCGCCGCGCUUUGCACAUGCGCACUGAAUAGCAGCUCAAUAAGCCUGUGAUCAUUUCUGGUGACUGGUAUGCCGAAAGACCCACAAUGGCAUCACUCGAGUCAUACAUGCCAGUAAUAUAUGAUAUGUUUGUGAAUGGAGUGACAUAUAGGGAGAUGUCUGAAAGGCUGCGAGAAAUGGGUGUCCAGCGGGGAAACUCUGAGAUCAGUAUCCGGAGACAACUUGCCAAACACAAUUUGCGGAGAAAAGGACACUCUUCUGAUUCAGACCUUGAAAUUGCAGUCUCUCGAGCAAUACAUCAGACUGGAUCAACUUAUGGUCGUAAAAUGAUGACAGGCUUCCUGUCAUCAGUUGGAGUACGUGCAGGAGAAUGCCGAAUCGGACGUGUUCUGAGAGCAGCCCAUGCCCCACCACGAAGAACGGCGUAAAGGUACCCGUAACUUUAACCCAAACCCAUAUACUGCAGAAUACAUGGGACACAAGCUACACAUGGACCAAAACGAAAAAUUGGUCAUGUUUGGAGUGACUCAUGUAAUUGCUGUGGAUGGAUACAGCAAGAAAAUUGUUGCAAAUGCAAUUAUGCCUACCAAAAACAAUCUAGCCAUCUAUGAUGCUGUGUACAGACCUGCAGUAACACAUUAUGGAAUGUGGGAUCAACUUCGUGUGGAUCAUGGCAAAGAAUUUUACCUCAGUCUGUACAUGCAAGAGAGGCUGUCAGAAUAUAGACACAACCAGCAAAGAGCACCAUACCUCCAAACUCAGUCAACAAGGAAUCACACAGUGGAAAGGAUGUGGCCAGAAAUCAACAACCGGGUAAAUUACCCACUAAAAGAGGCCCUCAUACAACUACAAGAUCAGGAAGCAAUAGAUAUGGAGGACAGCCUGACAAGGUUCUGCACAUCCAAUCUGACUGGCCAAAUGUGCCAGAUUGGAAUAAAUAGAUUUGUGCAUUCAUGGAAUGCUCACAGGAUCCCAGGGAGAGGGAUACCAAAUCAGCUGGCUGGGACAGGAACACCGAGAAAAAUCACAGCAGAUCUUCUACCAGAUGCCACGGUAGCAGCUGACAUGUAUGACAGGGACAUGGGAUCAUCCCUCACCAGAAUAUCUUCUUUCGGAAGUGACCCCUUUCUGUCUGAGGCAGACAAAGUGAGAGUAGAGCAGCACUUUUCACAGUAUUACCCAGACCUUGCAGUUGUUUUUGACAAUGUUGCCAAUUACAACUAUGUCCCAUUCAAACAGGCUUUGAUCUACCUCAUUAAUGUAACAAAGAGAUUUUCCUAAUUUCAUAUGUCUUGGAUCAUGUGGAACCUUGCCAUAAAUCGAGGAAUAGCCUCAGCCAUGAGGAAAAUGUUAGCACUUAUUUUCUGUUUAGUAUACAUACUGUAAAUAUGGACUCCAACAUUAUGCAGUCACUACUAUGUACUCU